CAGGAAAUGGUACAAGGCAGAUGGCGGUUGGGAACUGCACGUGGCAAGCACGGUUGCCGAAUGGUUGUGCGCUGGAUGCUUCUGCGUCUACAUCCUUACCUUCACCGACGAGUUUCGAGGCGUUCAGCUAAAGCGACCGAAGAUACUGUUUAAACCGGGUCACAUGAGAACUAGCAACGAGGUCCUGAACGAGAGCCAGGACGAGGUGCCACAGCCAAAACCACCGACGACGAUCAUUUGAUCGGGCAGAACAUGGGGCGGUGGUCAGAUGGCGAACGGUAUGGCACAUUCGCCGGUGAACACACCAUGCCCGAGCUACAGAGCUCACGCCUACGACUUCCUAGAUGACACAACGGCGGCCGAUCACCGUGACAACUACAACUCGAUGAUAGGACGUUCGCGGGUCUUGUGCCCGGUGGAGAUCCACGUCGACGCGAGUGUUGAGAACGCGGAAGGAGCUGCCGGGUCCCAGAGGAACCUUCUGAACCUGGACAGCGACGACGAGAACAUCCUCGGGAGUCGUUGCAUGUUCCUUGGUGGUUCCCAGAGCUCGGACAACACUCCGGAGCGCGCUACUUACCCGGACGCGAAUAGUCACAGCAACUACAACCUGCUAACUGAGGAUACUCACAGUUUCGAUUCCUGGACAAGGAAAAUCCGGGCGUCCCACAGUUCCGAGGCCAACAGCCACUGCGUGUCCAUUGCCAACAGCCACGAGACGUACCGCGUGCUCUCUGAGAGCUGUAGUGACUGUCGGACUGGACCAGAGCCCGAGGACCUCUCGGUUGAGAACCUUAUCCCACGGGACGAAGCCAAUUACGAGAUUGCCAACAGCCACAGCAACUACCAGGUCUUCUAUAACAGCCAGACCAGAUUCGACCUCACGUCCAGUCCGGCGCGGAGCGACUCCAGUCGCACCUCAAGGUCCACCGAGGAGACCAGCACCACAUGUGACAUCGAGGAGUGCCUCGUACAGAUUGAGGAGAGCUUGCUCAACAUUGAACAGAACUUGCUCCAGGUCCAGGACCUCGAUAUUCCGGAGCUGAAGAACCUGCUGUACAAGAGUCCAAGCAUCGAACGUAGCUUGUUCGAAGUCCAGGACCUGCUUUGCACGGAGAACAUAGAGUCCGUUAAACGCGGGCAGUUCUCGUUCACAUUCAGCGAGGAAAGUGACGAGCUCGUCAAAAUAUCAGGCAAGAACCUGUCGCCUGACUCCGAUCACGACACUUUUACAAACGAUGAUAACCUGCUGCAGUUUAACGACGACAAACCCGUCGCAAGCGCACCUCCGAAUCUCGGGGAACUUGUCGGGACCUGCAACUCGAGCUUUUGUGGGUCGGUCGACAAGAACGUCAACUUCAUACCGAACAGUCUGAGCAAAACACCGACGAAGGGGCGGUUCAAGGAGGCAGGGAAGAAUAUCAAAUCCCACUCGAUGAACAGCGGGGACUUGUCAUCGAAUUAUCGUGAGAUUAAUGACAACUUGAACAGCAGAAUCGAGGACAAGAAAUUGGUGGAUAGUAAGAAGUGCCACAGUAGAACCAACUCGUUGGAUGAGAACGAGAUGAUGUUUCAGGUGACUGGCGACCCUGGGUGGAGGGGAAAGUCCUCUUUCGAAAGCCUUCAGUUCAAGGGUGAAAACGAAUGCGGUGACAGAUACCUGGAGGUCAAUGUCAAGGCGAAGUCGGACGAUACUCUGGACAACAAAUCGCUGUAUGGCAAGAAGCGAAGCGAGCAAUCGAGUCGAAGGUCGAGGCGGAAGUUGAAGGGGAAUCGACUGGCCGAAGUCGAGGCGAAGACCGAUGAGUUCCGGCGGAAGAUCGAGAGCAUAAUAUCGAGUCGAAAAUCGGCCUUGCCGAGCGGUGAAAAAGCCAGGAAAAAUUCAAGGUCGAAUCCAGGCGUCGGAAAUACGACCGAGACGCGGAAAAAUUCACAGGAGAGAUCACCAAGGGUGAGAAAAAGCUCUCUGGACAAAAUUACCGCCGGAAGAGACUCGCCGAAUGCGAAACAGUUCAAGUCAAACAGCUUCGAGAAACGGAAGCGGAAAAAAACUGGCCGCGUUCAAAACGCCGACAACGCUGCCCUCGUUCCGAGCAAACUGAUCUCUUUGUCGUUGUCUCUUCUUCUCGCAGCACUUUUACAGGCUGUCAGGUGCUUAACUGACCUCGUUGACGACGCCUUCCGGUCCGUAAGCUACGACAGAAAUGGACUAAUGGAGUGAAGACGGCCGCCAUGUUUUUUUACUGUUUCAAUUCAUUUUCAUCAUCACUGUUCACCGUUUUGUACUUUUAUUUUUUCAUACGUUUCACGUGUCGAGCGUUUACGGUUCGACUGUCAAUCGUGAUGUUAAUUGUUGAGCUUUAAUCGAUUUGAUGAUUACUUUCAAGAAAGCGUAAGUCUGUUAUACCUCUAUGAUGAUUAUGUUAUUACGCACAUGUGUAAUAUGAGUGAAUGUGAUUUUAUUAUAAUUCGUUACGUUAUCAAUUUUUCACUUCUGUAAAACGU